AUCACGAGACGCAAACAACAACUUUGAUAUUCGCAUAUAAAAGGAAAGAAAAGAAGAGAUUUAAGGACUAAAAAUUUGUUAAAUUUCCUUUCCUUUACCAUGCGGUCAAUAAUUGUUCUCGUAGUCCUGUUUGGGGUGUCUUUUGCCCUUCCAAAGAAGCACCAUUCCCGUGUAAACGAGCCUUGCUACAAGCCGGCCUUUGACAAGAACAUAAAAGAAGUUAUCAAGACUCGACGUCCUCAUGAAUAUUUGGACAUGAGCAAGUUGCCCACGGCUCUUGACUGGCGCGAUCUUAAUGGAACAAACUUUGCUAGCGUUACCCGUAACCAGCACAUCCCUCAGUAUUGUGGAUCCUGUUGGGCUAUGGGCACCACAAGUGCUUUGUCAGACAGGAUUAACAUCCAAAGGAAAGGGAAAUGGCCAGUGAAUUAUCUGUCUGUUCAACAUGUGUUGGCUUGUGCUGGUGCAGGUACAUGCCAUGGUGGUGGAAUGGCUGGUGUUUAUGAAUAUGCCCAUAAGCACGGCAUACCAGAUGAAACAUGCAACAACUACCAGGCUAAAGACAUGCAGUGUACAGAGUUCAAUCAGUGUGGAACAUGCAGUACUUUUGGAGAUUGCUACGUCAUUAAGAACUAUACCCUGUUUAAAAUUAGUGAAUUUGGUAAUGUAAAAGGGAGAGACAAGAUGAUGGCUGAAAUCUAUGCUCGUGGUCCCAUUGCCUGUGGUAUCAUGGCAACAGCAAGUCUUGAAAAGUACAGUGGAGGAAUUUACAAAGAGUACAGCUUAGUUCCAGAAGUCAAUCACAUUGUAUCUGUUGUUGGUUGGGGGGUAGAGAAGGGCGUGGAGUAUUGGAUUGUGCGAAAUUCCUGGGGUAAGCCAUGGGGGGAAAGUGGAUUCCUCAGGAUCGUGACUAGCAAAUAUGAUGGCGGCAAAGGCAAUGAUUACAAUUUGGCAAUUGAAAGUGGCUGUGCUUUUGCUGUUCCAAUUGUUAAUUAGAUUAGAACACCUUGGUUUGUUGAGAAAGUCCUUAGCAGACACUUUAACUUAUACAAGGAAGGCUCCUUUUCCUCUAUAAUUUUUAAUAAUUUUGCUUUUGCUGUUUCAAUAUUGUUAAUGAGAUUAGAACACCUUUGUUUGUUGAGAAAGUCCUUGGCGGACACUGUAACUUGUACAAGAAAGGCUCCUUUUCCUCUUUAAUUUUUAAUAAUUUUGACCUAAAUUUUCAAAAGUUAAUGGCUAUUUCUCUAUGUAAAGUUUGUUACUGUAACAAGAUUAAUUAAUCUUAGAUUUUAAUUAGCCGUAGCCUGUACAAGCUGCAGGGUCAUUGUACUUAUUUAUUUAUAAAAUAUUUCACAACUUUCACUCAGAAAACAGUGGAGUUUUCUAGCUAUUAUUCCAAACAAUAUAACCUGAAGUAAAAUCAAAGGAUCAAAAUUAAUUUGUAGUUUUUAAUUUUCCUAAUGAAACUGAGAAUUCUCUUCCUCUAAAUGCCACAAGAUUGUAUUCAUUGCUUUACUGAACCUUGACAAGCACCACGGCCGCCCAUGUAACAUUUUUUCAAUGCUUUUUUGCAAGAAUAAAGAUAGUAAACCUUGUUUUAACUUAAAACUUUUAUUUUCUAUGUAAAAAAUACUUUUCUUUCAUCAUUAAACUUAUGCUUCAAAUUAAUAUGCAUCUUCUAAUUAUAUUACUUAUGUUAAUGAAACAUAAUAAAACUGUUUUUUAAUGUUA